CAAGGCUAAAAAGAGAAGAAGAGAAAGCGUUACCAGUUGAGUUGUAGUGUCUCUCACUCUCACAGUCUCACACUAACUCUCAUUUCUCUCUUCAUUCAUUCUUCACACAAAAAGUGUCGGUGGGAGUAGCAUUACGCCAGCAACAUGAGUAUGUACGGUAGGGACCCCUGGGGAGGUCCGUUGGAGAUCAACGCCACUGACUCCGCCACCGACGACGACCGCAGCCGGAACCUGCAGGACCUCGACAGGGCGGCGCUCUCGCGUCCACUCGACGAGACUCAGCAGAGCUGGCUCCUCGGCCCCGGCGAGCAGAAGAAGAAGAAGUACGUGGAUCUCGGUUGCAUCAUCGUCAGCCGCAAGAUCUUCGUUUGGACCGUCGGAACUCUCUUGUUCUCUGCGUUUCUUGCUGGCUUCGUUACUCUCAUCGUCAAAACUGUGCCACGUCAUCACCAUAAGCAUCCUCCUCCUGAUAAUUAUACCCUUGCGCUUCAUAAGGCUCUUAUGUUCUUCAACGCUCAAAAAUCUGGGAAAUUACCAAAGCAUAAUAAUGUUUCAUGGAGGGGUAACUCUUGUCUACAAGAUGGGAAGGGAGACGGGGUUUCGGCCGCCAUCAAGGAUCUGGUGGGUGGCUAUUAUGAUGCCGGUGAUGCCAUCAAGUUCAACUUCCCUCAGUCCUUUGCCAUCACCAUGUUGAGCUGGAGUGUCAUCGAAUACAGCGCCAAGUACGAUGCUGCCGGCGAGCUCAGCCAUGUCAAGGAACUCAUUAAAUGGGGAACGGAUUACUUCCUCAAGACCUUCAAUAGUACUGCCGAUUCUAUCACCACCCUUGCCGCACAAGUUGGGGUAGGAGAUACUUCCGGAGGGAGUACAACACCAAACGACCACUACUGCUGGAUGCGGCCAGAGGACAUUGAUUAUGACCGGCCUGUAACUGAAUGUCACAGUUGCUCGGACCUUGCGGCAGAAAUGGCUGCUGCCUUGGCUGCUGCAUCCAUUGUUUUUAAAGACAACAAGGCUUAUUCGAAGAAACUUGUUCAUGGUGCCACCACCCUUUUCAGGUUUGCAAGGGAGCAGAGAGGCAGAUACAGUGCUGGUAGUUCAGAGGCUUCAAUCUUUUACAACUCCACUAGCUACUGGGAUGAGUUUGUUUGGGGAGGGGCUUGGAUGUAUUAUGCAACCGGAAAUUCUUCAUAUCUUAAGCUUGCUACUGCUCCUGGUCUUGCCAAGCAUGCUGGGGCCUUCUGGGGAGGUCCUGACUAUGGUGUGUUUAGCUGGGAUAACAAGCUUGCCGGUGCUCAGGUUCUUCUGAGUCGUUUGAGGUUGUUCUUGAGUCCUGGAUAUCCAUAUGAAGAAAUUUUAAGAACCUUCCACAACCAGACCAGCAUAGUCAUGUGCUCGUACCUCCCAGUUUUCACAAGCUUUAACAGAACCAAAGGAGGCUUGAUUCAAUUGAACCAUGGUAGGCCUCAGCCUCUCCAAUAUGUUGUCAAUUCUGCCUUCUUGGCUGCUGUAUUCAGUGACUAUCUGGAUGCUGCUGAUACUCCUGGAUGGUAUUGUGGACCCAACUUCUUCUCAACCGAUGUUCUUCGUGACUUUGCCAGGACCCAGAUUAAUUACAUUCUUGGGAACAAUCCUCGGAAAAUGAGCUACAUUGUUGGUUUUGGUAACCACUAUCCUAAACAUGUCCACCAUAGAGGUGCAUCUAUACCAAAGAAUAAGGUUAAGUACAACUGUAAAGGUGGUUGGAAAUGGAGAGACACGACGAAGCCAAACCCAAAUACACUUGUUGGUGCCAUGGUUGCUGGACCUGACAAGCAUGAUGGGUUCCAUGAUGUUCGUACAAACUACAACUACACGGAGCCAACACUUGCCGGAAAUGCUCCUACACCACCACCACCUCCAGCACCAUGGAAACCAUAA